AUGAGCUUGAUUGACCCUAGGGUCAAGGAAGGGUUUGAUAGAGGAUCGACCACAAAUGCCUCCGACGAGAAAAGGGGUUGCCGGUUUGACUUCCGAUAUGGUAUGGACUCGAAGAACCGGGGAGCGGGACAAUGGUUUCACAGCGUACAUGCGGCGGGGACAGGGCAGAACAGCGUCCACCGAGCGCAUUUUCUCGACGAAUUGGUCAAGCUGAUCCCAAAAGAGAACGUCUCGUUCGGAGAGAAGGUAGACGAGGUCGAACAGACGGAAGAUGAAGUCAAAAUCACAUUCCAAGAUGGCUCCAUUGCAACAGCUUCCGCAAUAGUCGGCUCCAUGGAGAGGGCUGUCAGUCUGCUUGGACACGAACUAGCCCAAAAUAGCCAAAUGUAUUGUGGCUAUGGCGGCCAUGUCUUGACCUUUCCAAUCGAAAAGGGCAAGACGAUGAAUGUUGUGGCAUCUCAAUCAAAGCCGGACGGUAAGUGGGAGGACGAGCGAUGGGUAUUGCCGAUGGAGAAUGGGGCCAUGGAGGCUGACUUCGAACACUGGGGCGGUAGCGUCAAGAACAUACUCAGUCUGAUGAGAAGUCAGACGUGUGGGCAUUUUUUGACCAUCUCCCGGCUCGGACAUACUGCGAGGGUCGGAUCUGCCUUCUAG